AGGCCGGAAGUGUGCGAGGACGGAGGGAGAGGCGUGAGUGGCUGCGGGCGUGCGCUUCCGGCCAGUGCGUCGACGUCGGCCGGCCGCGGAGGGCUCCUCGGCAGGCUCUUCGGCCAGCACCUUACGCACCCCGCUGGCUCGCAGGCCUUGGGUCUCCGCUCAUCUCGCCGUAGGCCGUGACGACAUGAGCAGCAAAGAAGGAUCAGGAGGGUUCAGGAAAAGGAAGCACGACAAUUUCCCACAUAACCAGAGAAGAGAAGGGAAGGAUGUUAAUUCAUCUUCACCUGUGAUGUUGGCCUUCAAAUCAUUUCAGCAGGAACUUGAUGCAAGACAUGAUAAAUAUGAGAGACUUGUGAAACUUAGUCGGGAUAUAACUGUUGAAAGUAAAAGGACAAUUUUUCUUCUCCAUAGGAUUACAAGUGCUCCUGAUAUGGAAGAGAUAUUGACUGAAUCAGAAAUUAAGUUGGAUGGUGUUAGACAAAAGAUAUUGCAAGUAGCCCAAGAGCUCUCAGGAGAAGACAUGCAUCAGUUUCAUAGAGCCAUUACUACAGGACUACAGGAAUAUGUGGAGGCUGUCUCUUUUCAACACUUCAUCAAAACACGAUCACUUAUCAGUAUGGAUGAAAUUAAUAAACAAUUGAUAUUUACAACAGAAGAAUGUGGAAAAGAAAAUAAGACCCCCUCCUCUGACGGACAGGAUAAGCAGUUUGGUACUUGGAGACUGAAAAUCACACCUGUUGAUUACCUCCUGGGAGUGGCUGAUUUAACUGGAGAGUUGAUGCGGAUGUGUAUUAACAGUGUGGGGAAUGGGGACAUUGACACCCCCUUUGAAGUGAGCCAGUUUUUACGUCAGGUUUAUGAUGGAUUUUCAUUCAUUGGCAAUACUGGACCUUAUGAGGUUUCUAAGAAGUUGUAUACCUUGAAACAAAGUCUGGCCAAAGUGGAGAAUGCUUGUUAUGCCUUGAAAGUCAGAGGUUCAGAAAUUCCAAAACAUAUGCUGGCAGAUGUCUUUUCAGUUAAAACAGAAAUGAUUGAUCAAGAAGAAGGCAUUUCUUAGAAUACCAUACUCCAUUGUUACUCUCUUGAGAGACCAGUUCGUAAGACUGUUAUUUUGUUAUUUAGUAUUUCGUUUGACUUUAUUGUGGCUUUUACAUAGAAACGUUUUCAGUUGUACUUGUUUUAAAUUGUAAACAAUUUGUACAUAAAAUUAUCAAGACGAAUCAUUUCUUACAUCUUACCCAUGAAAGUUUGCAUACAGAUGUUUGCAUAUAUGCCUAUUUGAAUUUUUGCUGGCUAAAUUUCAUCGUUUAUCUUUGUGAUGUGAACAUGCUUCAGAGUGCACUUUCUGCCAUACCUAUUUUAAUUUACAUUGUGUGAAGUUUGGAGUGAUAAUAUUAAGUGAAAGCCGUUUAUAAUUUAAGUUGGUGAUUUUGUUAUAUAUAGAGAAGAUUUCUUAGUUAUACAUCUGGACUUGAGCUUCCUUUUUAAAUUUCUUGGUAAUAUUUUGCCGAGCCUCCGUUAUAGGCUUAUUCCAUAGAACAAGAAUUAAAAAUUAUUAAGUUAUCAAUAUACUUAAUUUUAUGAGGUAUAAUAGAAUUCACAUUGUAUUCUGGCCAAUUUUUAGGCCAUUUUGAAUCCAUUUGAAAGAGCCUUCCAGAAAAAUUGACGGACACCCAGAUUUUAGUUUUUACAUUUAGUUUUUAUUCUUUAUCACAGAAAGUCUGAUAGUGAAUUGGAGCUAACAUUAUAAUAUUUUCACUGGUUUUUGAGUUCAACUGUGUACUUGUACAUAUAUCUGAAAAGCUUUUAGUAAUGAUUAUUUAGCAAUUCUUUUCUUGUUAUAUUACAUUAGGCAUGUUUCUUAUAGAUGCAUCUAUAAGAAAUUACAUUUAAAUAAUUACAAUGAAGUUUGCAAUUUUGAAAUACUAAGUUAAUUCAAACCUUUAUAGUUGUCCAGUUGUGUUACUUGAUAGCAUAAAAAGUUGCCAAAGAAAAUUUAUCAUGUACAAUUCAGCAAUAAGACAAUUGUCACCACAGUUGGGAAUAACAAUAGUAGUCUCUAGUAAUAUUUAGAAUUGGAAUUUGCCUAUGAAAUUAGUUAUAGAUUAUUCCCUGUGAUGUGAAACGGACUUGAGCAUGACCCUAUUGGCUGACAACCAGACAUUUCCAUUUGGUAUUGUGAGUUUUGAGAAUCUAGAUACUGGGUUUUAUUUGUGGAAAGACUAGCUGCUCUGUUUGCAAGGGCUGAUUCUUUGAAAGUGAAUUUUUUCCAAAAAAUAAUUAUCCUGUAAAGGAAAAUAAAACAUAGACAUGCCUAAUAAAUUAGAUUGGUUGGUUUGUUUUGGUGGUAGUAAGUUUUUUUGGUUUCCCUAUUUUGAAGACACUGCUAAAAUAUAGUCUGAUUACAUAUUUUUGUUUUUUUUGCCACUUGAAGUUAAAUUUAUAAUGUUAAAAGUAAAAUAAAUGGAUUGAUGAAUGUCUUACAGAUGUUUAAAACUGAAGUCUUUAAAUAAAAUAUUGAAAGAUAAAAGUUAAGCUUAUUUUUUUGAUCAUACUGAGAAAUAGUUAAUCAAACGGUUGUAGAAUUUUUGGCCUAAAUACGAAACCUAAUGUAAACUAGCUUAAUGCGGAGAUUUAUUUUUUCGUAAAAUUAGUCCAGAGGUAGGGAGAGUUUCUGAAAGGAUGCUCUUCACAUCAACCAUUGACCCAAACUGGGUAUCAUUCUCAUCUUUCUAAACCAGUUGGUGGAAAGGAGAAGAUCACCUUGAUAGAUCAAGGUACCUUUUUUCUAGAGGUGAAGUGCAAGCACAAGAAACCAAGUUAGGGCAUUGUCAUCAUAGGAAGAAGGGAAAUGGCCUUUUGAAGGGUAGGCAGUCAACAGUUACUUAUUACAGGUGGAUUGGUGCCAUUGCUAUUUGACGCAUUUCCAUAUUGCAUAUCAUACUAAUAUGGUGGGUGCUAUACAAUGAUAGAGGAUCUCUGAGUAUAUCCUGAAUGUUCCUCAGUUUUAAAAUAGUGGGCUCUGAUAGCAUCAUCUGUUGUAAUGUUUUUCAUCUUUAUUAUAAAAAGAAACUGGUUACAUGGCAAGUUACUAACAGAAUUCUGAAAUAAAAUUGGGUUAUUUCCUUUACAAA